CUCCAAUGAGCGUUGAUGAGUCUUAGCAGGCAGCUACUUGUAGGGUGCGGGGUAUACCUUGGUGGCAUUUCUCCAGCGACAGUCUGCGUCACUAAUCCCUGAAAGCGAAGGCCAAUGUCUGGCUAUCUAUGGAUGGGGAGUUACAUCCGGAAGGGCCACUUGGGCGCCGGCGUGGCAUUGCUGGGCCAAACAUGCAUAAGGCUGCGACCGCGGGAGAGGCUGGGCUCGAUUUAGCCUCUCAUACGUCCAAAUGAUCAGCUUAUGCCCCCUUGUAUGGCUUCGGGGCCGAGUAGUGCGUUACCAACAGCUUGGCAUUAUAUCAUGGUCAACAAGCGCUGCGUCGAGGUGUGUUCAGUUUAACUGUAGUUGAGUUGAAGCCCCCGUUUCUAGUAUGAGACGAUGAAUACUUGGACUUCCAGGCAGUGCGCAUAACAAGCACUGAGACCAUGAUUGUUAGUAAUAGUUCCUAAGAUUUACCAUUCCUGCUGCACUCCACUUGGAUCGACUUCCAGCUGAUAGCGCCCGGUAUCCCCACAAUCUUAUGGUCACCUUCGAACAGCCUUACUUAAGAGAGUUCUCUUUCCUAUUAGGAAUACUUAAGAGACCGUACUCCAAAAUCGCCACUUACUAUGAAGCUGUCACAACAGUCCCUCCUCAGCAUCGUCUCACUAUGUCUUCUUCCUUUACAUGCUACUUCCUACCAAGUUACCGAAUACCCAGACAGCAAAUGCGAAGAAGCACCAUUAGCCACCCAUCAUCUAAACAGUGCUCAUCCCUGCACAAGACUCCAUGGGAGUACUACACUCGCAACACGCAUGGAGCCCGAUAACAACAACGACGAUCAAUACGAGAUCGCCCUCUACCGAUCCGAUACCUGCGAAGGCGAAGUCUUCCGAGUAAUCCACAAAUCAAAAGGAUGUCUGAUUCAGAACAUCAUUGGCUCCACUGAGGCCAAGUCCGCUCGCAUUGUGCCGAAGCCUGUAGAAGUAAGCACGCGCAACGGCAAGUCCGUUGCCAAGGACAAAGAGGGCCAGGCUGGCAGUGAGAUACGACCUCUUAUCUCCCCGUCUUUACAGAUAAGCUUUAGAACUAUGGAUGAGGAGGUAAACGGACUCGUUCGCAGUGGAUGGUCUGCGGAAUAUAGUGUGCCUGUAUGUGAGAAGGCUCGUCGUCAGAAUAACAGCCUACAGAGGGUCUUCCGCAGUGGUGUGGAUGGUUUUGCUAGGGCUUUCAAUUUUGGUGUUUCUACAGUCCGGGACUAUGUUUCUCGUCUGCGCUUGGCGAGUCAGUUGCAGGGUGGCCAUGCCGAGGGUGAAUCUGGUGCAACUAAGACGGAUACGCUGGAAGAGCAGUUGGGCAUUGCGAGGGAAUACACUAAUAAGGUAAUGAGUUUCUGCGCUCGAGAUCCAGAAUGCCUGGCCUUUGCUACUCAGCUCUAUGAGAGGAAUACGAGUGAGCAGAACUUGACAGCGAACUAAAGACUUCUGUCCUCGAAGCGCGAAGAACACUCGCAUGGUGUACAUAGGUAUGGAGGUGUGCUGUCUACAUCUUAACACCGAUAGACAUAUAUUUCUUGCAUGCUUGCUGCAUUAGAGUUGUGAUUAAUUUCACUUUUGCCCAUCAAGAAGCAG